CCCUUCGUGCAAGUCCGAGGAAAGGCGUUGCGUUAGUUUUGUUGAUUGCUCGUUCUAGUGCGCGAGGAUGUGUCACCUCUGUGUGUAAUAUCAAAAAAGUUGUAAUAAUCAGUGUUUUAAAAUAAGUGUUUUCGGUGUUAUUUCCGGAUACCCCCAUUUAGGAUUAAGCCGCCCAUCGGCACAUCGUCGUCGCGCUAGUGCAGUGUCGCCAUGUUCCGUGCGAUAAUCGUGACUUUGCUCGUCCUCGGAGCGUCCGCCGAGGACGACACCUCCGGGCCCGUGUUCGUGCGCGAGCCGCCCAACCGCAUCGACUUCUCCAACACCACCGGAGCGGUGGUGGAGUGCAGCGCCCACGGCAACCCCACGCCGGACAUCAUCUGGGUCAGGUCGGAUGGGACCGCCGUCGGCGACGUCCCCGGACUGCGCCAAGUGCUCGCCAAUGGAAAUCUGGUGUUUCCGCCGUUCAGGGCCGAGGACUACCGCCAGGAGGUGCACGCGCAGGUCUACGUCUGUCUGGCGAAGAACAGCGUGGGCUCGGUGCAUUCGAGGGACGUCAACGUGAGGGCAGUUGUCGCCCAGUACUAUGUGACCGAGGCCGAAAACGAGUACGUCAUUAGGGGCAAUGCGGCCGUUAUGAAAUGCAAGAUCCCGAGUUUUGUGGCAGAUUUUGUGCAAAUCGAUGCCUGGAUCGCAGACGAUGGCCAAGUUCAUAAGUACAACGACAACAGUAAUUACGACAGCAAAUAUCUUGUUCUACCAUCUGGAGAAUUACACAUCAGAGAUGUUGGGCCUGAAGAUGGUUAUAAAUCUUAUCAAUGUCGCACGAAGCAUCGGCUCACAGGAGAGACAAGAUUAAGCGCAACCAAGGGCAGACUGGUCAUCACGGAACCAACCAGUAACGUAGCACCAAAAAAAGAUGGUGAAAAGUUCGAAGGCUGGAAAGUACUUCUAGUGGUACAAAAUAGCACGGCUUGGUUAUCUUGUCAAGUGACCGGAUACCCGGUCCCGCGAUACAUGUGGUACAAAUUCGUCGAAGGGACCACUCGAAAACAAGCGGUGACUCUCAACGACCGAGUCAAACAAGUCGCCGGAACUCUCAUCAUUCGCGAAGCCAAAGUCGAAGACUCGGGGAAAUACCUCUGCGUUGUGAACAACUCCGUUGGAGGAGAGAGCGUUGAAACGGUCCUCACCGUCACAGCGCCUUUAAAAGCCAAGAUCGAACCGCAAGUCCAGACUAUCGAUUUCGGAAGACCCGCCACUUUCACUUGCAAUUUCGAAGGUAAUCCGAUUAAAACUAUAAGUUGGUUGAAAGACGGCCAUCCGAUCGAUCACAAUGAAGCCGUUUUGCGGAUUGAAUCGGUCCGCAAGGAGGACAAAGGCAUGUACCAGUGCUUCAUCCGCAACGACCAGGAAAGUGCCGAGGCGACCGCCGAGCUGAAACUCGGAGGACGGUUCGAACCUCCACAAAUCAGGCACGCGUUCAAUGAGGAAACAGUCCAGCCGGGCAAUUCAGUUUUUUUGAAAUGUAUCGCUUCUGGAAACCCGACACCCGAAAUCACGUGGGAAUUGUACGGACGGAGGUUGUCCAACAGUGAGAGAAACCAAAUCGGACAGUACGUGACAGUGAACGGUGAUGUUGUCUCGCAUUUGAACAUCACAGCAAUUCACACGAAUGAUGGUGGCUUGUAUCGGUGCGUCGCUAGUAGCAAGGUGGGCUCAGCGGAUCACUCAGCGAGGAUAAAUGUUUACGGGUUGCCUUUUGUGAGGUCCAUGGAGAAGCAAGCCAUCGUCGCGGGAGGUACACUCAUCGUCCACUGCCCUUUUGCGGGACAUCCAGUCGAUAGUGUCGUAUGGGAACGAGAUGGGAGACAACUGCCGAUCAACAGGAAACAGAAAGUCUUCAUCAACGGCACCCUCAUCAUCGAGAACGUCGAACGAGCGUCCGACCAAGCGACCUACGACUGCGUCGCCAAAAACUCUCAGGGAUACAGUGCCAGAGGCUCUCUCGAGGUCCAAGUCAUGGUUUUGCCCCACAUUUCACCGUUCAGUUUUGGCGAUACUCCUGUCCAUUCCGGUCAAACCGCUCAGGUGACUUGUUUGGUGUCCGAAGGCGAUCUUCCUUUGACCAUUACUUGGAGUUUUCAAGGGGGUCUUCUCGAUUCAAACAGUGGGGUUAUAACGACAAUGAUCGGCAAAAAGGCGAGUUCGCUUCUGAUCGAUUCCGUGUCGGAAGUCCAAAGUGGAAAUUACACUUGCACGGCUCGGAAUCGUGCCGGUUCUAGUGAUUACACGGCGUCGUUAGAUGUUUAUGUGCCACCGAGGUGGAUAUUAGAGCCAACAGACAAAGCAUUUGCUCAAGGCUCUGAUGCCGCUGUUGAAUGUAAAGCCGACGGGUUCCCCAGGCCUGUAGUGACAUGGAAAAGGGCUACUGGGGUUUCACCCGGCGAUUACAAAGAUUUCAAACCAAACAAUCCCGAUAUUAAAGUCGAAGACGGCACUCUUACUAUUAACAAUAUCCAGAAAACAAACGAGGGUUAUUAUUUAUGUGAGGCUGUCAAUGGGAUUGGAUCAGGAUUAUCUGCAGUUAUUCAAAUCAGUGUUCAAGCUCCCCCACAGUUUGAUAUUAAACUCAGGAACCAAACCUCCCGCCGUGGAGACCCUGCCGUCCUCCAAUGUGAGGCCAAAGGCGAAAAACCGAUUGGUAUUUUAUGGAAUAUCAACAAUAAGCGUUUGGAACCAAAAGGCGACAAUAGAUACACGAUCCGGGAGGAGAUCCUCGCCAAUGGUGUUCUUUCCGGCCUCAGUAUCAAACGCACAGAACGCUCCGACUCCGCUCUCUUUACUUGUGUAGCUACCAACGCCUUCGGCAGUGACGAUACCAGCAUUAACAUGAUUGUGCAAGAAGUACCAGAGGUACCAUACGGGCUGAAAGUAUUGGACAAGUCGGGCCGAAGCGUCCAAUUGUCAUGGGUUGCACCAUUCGAUGGCAACUCCCCGAUCACUCGUUACAUGAUCGAGUACAAGCAAAGCAAAGUCAGUUGGGAGGGAAACACCGAACGGGUACUAGUCCCAGGUGACCAAACUGAAGCUGGGGUUUUCACUCUGCGACCUGCCACCACGUAUCACAUCCGCAUAGUCGCAGAAAAUGAGAUUGGGUCAAGUGAACCCUCUGAGACUGUGACCAUAAUCACGGCAGAGGAGGUACCCGGGGGGCCACCAACCAGUAUCCGAGUUGAAACAAACGACCAGCAUUCAUUGGUCGUCUACUGGAAGCCUCCAGCUCGAGAGGAGUGGAACGGCGAUAUUUUGGGCUAUUAUGUUGGUUACCGCUUGGCUAAUUCAGACAAGCCGUACCUUUUCGAAACCGUCGAAUUCGGACGUGAGGAGGGCAAGGAGCACCAUUUGAAAAUAUCGAACUUGAAGACCUACACCCAGUACUCUGUGGUGGUCCAAGCGUUUAAUAAAGUGGGAGCUGGUCCCUUGUCUGAUGAUAUCAAGGCGUAUACGGCUGAGGGAGUACCUGAACAACCCCCAGAUAAGGCCACUUGCACCACCUUGACGGCCCAAACGAUUCGCGUUUCGUGGGUGUCGCCGCCCCUCACGGCCGCCAACGGGGUUAUUAAGGGCUACAAAGUCAUCUAUGGACCAUCAGACACUUGGUUUGAUGAGAACACCAAAGACACCAAAAUUACCGCUGCUAGUGAAACGAUCCUCCACGGCCUCAAAAAAUACACCAACUACAGCAUGGAAGUCCUGGCUUACACUUCCGGGGGUGACGGUGUUCGCACAACCCCGAUUCACUGCCAGACUGAACAAGACGUGCCGGAGGCUCCAAUCGCCGUUAAGGCUCUAGUAAUGUCAACUGAUUCGAUUUUGGCCAGUUGGAAGCCCCCAGUUGAACCAAAUGGCAUUGUCGAGUACUACACGGUUUACUACAAACCGGUCUCAACCGAUGACAAAACCGAGGUCAAGCCAACGUCUCAAAAAAUCGUACCAAACUUGCGCAACCAGAAUUUGAGCCACCAAGCGAAAAACCUUGACAGUAACUUGAAAUACGAGUUUUGGGUUACCGCAGCUACCACUAUUGGAGAAGGGCAACCGUCGAAGAAAGUUACAGUGUCUCCAAGCGCGAGCGUUCCAGCCAAAAUCGCCUCGUUUGACGAUACCUUCACCACGACGUACAAGGAAGACGUGACUCUCCCUUGCCUCGCCGUUGGGUUGCCACCACCGGUCAUCACAUGGAAAAUCAAGGGGGUUCAGUUCACCACAAGCGACAAAAUCAGGCAACAACCAGACGGGUCACUGUUUAUUCGUGAUGUCAGUCGGAAUAACGCAGGGGAGUACUCGUGUCACGUUGAGAAUGACUAUGGACAGGACUCGGUGACUCACCAGUUGAUUGUCAAUGCUCCUCCACACGCACCACAAAUUGCUCUCACUUCAACUACCACAAAUUCGCUCACGUUUAAGUUAAAGCCGCAUGAGUCGGAUGUUGAGCCGAUCCAUGGAUACACUAUUCACUACAAGCCAGAGUUUGGCGAUUGGGAGACGGUCCAGAUUGGACCAACUGUCGAAAAGUACACUUUGGAGAAGUUGCUGUGUGGGACGCGGUACCAGGUCUACGCCAAGGCGUAUAACAGCAUCGGAACUGGGGACCCAUCCGACACCCUGAACCCGCGAACACGUGGCGAAAAGCCCAUAGUGCCCAGCGCUGAGAAGUUCAUUGAAGUUUCGUCAAACAGCAUCACUCUGCACCUCAGCGCCUGGUCUGACGGUGGUUGUCCCAUGCUCUACUUCGUCAUCGAGCACAAAAAGAAGACUAGUACGGAGUGGAUCCAAGUGUCCAACAACGUGAAGUUGGGCCAGAAUUUCGUGCUUCUGGACCUGGACCCGGCCUGCUGGUACCACCUCCGCGUCACCGCGCACAACAACGCCGGCUUCAACGUCGCCGAAUACGAAUUCGCGACGCUCACCGUGACUGGAGGUACAAUCGCGCCAAUUAGGGAAUCGCCCGGUGUUAAGAUGCUCUUUCCUUGGAUACCCGACUGGGUCGACUUGAAUAUUGCCGUUCCCGUUGCCGCAACGGUUGUUGUUGUCGUUGUCGGCAUUGUCGUGAUUUGCGUCGCGCUCUCUCGCAGGGCCAACGGCCCCUUACAGACGCGCCUCAGAAGCGACUACGACGUCGUUUACAACCAGUCCGUAAACGCCUCUUCGACUCUGGACAAGCGCCGGCCCGACUUGCGCGAUGAGCUGGGCUACAUUGCGCCCCCUAACCGCAAACUGCCCCCCGUUCCAGGCUCAAACUACAACACCUGCGAUCGCAUCAAGCGAGGUACCGUCUUAAGAGCUCAUUAUCGUUCUCAUUCUACCUGGGAUCCGAGACGACACUUGUACGAGGAGCUUAGGAGUAGAAGGGGCUCAAACGAGACUGUACAUACGCACAGAGGCAUGGACGACGAGAUCUGUCCCUACGCCACCUUCCACCUUUUGGGCUUCCGUGAAGAAAUGGAUCCGAGCAAAGCGAUGCAAUUCCAGACUUUCCCCCACCCCCACUCAGGAACAAUGGGACCAUCGGGGAUGAACACACCCCAUCAGAUCCACUCGCGCUCAGGAUCACAGUCGAUGCCGCGCCAAAAUCGGCGAUACGACCGCGUCGGGUCACAAGGUAAUGGCAGCAUCUACUCCCCUGGGCCCGAGUACGACGACCCGGCGAACUGCGCGCCCGAAGACGAGCAGUAUGGCUCGCAAUAUGGGGGCUAUGGGGCCCCCUACGACCAGUAUGGCAGCCGGGGGUCGAUCGGCCGGCGCUCCUUGGGGUCUUUGCGGCUCCAGCCGACGAGCAGCAGCCCCGAGCCGCCGCCGCCGCCCCCACGCAACCACGACCCGUCUUUCAACGACUCCAAAGACAGCAAUGAGAUUUCGGAGGCCGAGUGUGACCGAGACCAACUGAUCAACAGUCGCACCUAUGGCGUAAUGAGAGGUAGUUCAAAGGAUGGCAUGUCUCACGAGGAAAUGCGCAAACUGAUUGAAAGAAACGAAACAGGCCAAGCAAACGGGGGACUCACAGCCUACGAUACUGUGGCAGUGUAACUUGUAAGAAGGCGAGAGACGUUUCGAUUUAACGACCACAUCUCUCACCAUCAGAGAUGUGGUCCUUAAAUGCCCCCAACAUCCCGGUAUUUGGACGAAAUAUUCACACCAACUUGGAGACUGAACCGUUUUUUUCGAUUCCCACCACUGAGCACAAAAUUGGCUUUUUUCGACGACAAUUCCCGUGAAUAUUUAGUGUGGAUACCUGACGUUUUUACCAAAAAUCUAUUUAUUUCGUUGGUUUAUUCGGGGCCAAGGCCCAAACGAAUACGUACACAUUUUGCCAAUGGUUUUUCUUAGGUUUUCGUACGGUGGCUCAAUGUGUCAUGUGAUAUUUUGAGGUUUGUGACUACGUUUUAUUUAAGAUUUGGAUGGUUUGAGUCUGCAGCGGUGCCAAAAAUUUCAUUAUAGUUUACUCAUUUCCUGCUGUAGACGGUUUUAGUAGCGAUAGCUUCGGUUAUUAAUUUGCGUUUUUGAGUUGUUUGCUUUGAGUUGAAUAGGUUUAGGACGGUUGGCGAUAGGUUUCGUUAUUUUUACUGUGCUGUACAAGUGUUGAAGGUUGUGCAUCGCCAGCUUGUAAUUACGUAAUUGCUAUGAAUGUAAGAAAUUAGCUUUCUCCAAGCGAGUGUUUUGUCGACAGUCUGGCCGCGUUAGACCGGAAUUUUUCGUUUCUCAGUCGCCCACUGACCAUCGAAUUUUCAGUUCGAUAGAUUGUCAAUGAAUCACUUCUUUUAUUAUAGCGAGUUAGGGACAAAUUAUGUAAUUGUUUUAGUCUCUAGUUUUAUGAAGAUAUAUCAGUGUUUCUAUCUCUAAUGCAUGCAUGUCAAACAUAUUAUAAAUGUAGAUGUAUAAAAUUACAGUUUUCGGAUUAUUUAGUGACUCAAAUAUUAUACAAAGCGAUACAUAAUUUUAUCCACGUAAUACUCAGCUUCGAUUCAAGUAGUGGUAACGAUAUCAGUAGCGUAGAUGUUUAUCCAAUUAUGGCAUUUUAGACAAUGGUUCUUUCCCGGAAUCAGCUUCUGAGAUAUUUUACCAAAAAUGCAAUAUUUUUUCGACUUAAUUUUGUUUCAACUGUUCAAGUUCCUAACGUAGCAAUCAGUCUUGGUAAAAUAUACAGACUUACACAGGAAUGUAAAUUAUUUGUCAUUUAAUACUAGUCAUUCUUUUCUCUCUUUCUCCAGUCUUGUGUAAAUCGCAAAUGACAAGUAAUCGUUUUCUUUUUUAUGUGAUAAUGGUUUGAAAUGCCAUUAUAAGUGUAUAUCUUAAGUGUGCUAUAUAUCCAGUUGAUAGUUGUAGUGUAAUACUCUUAACAUUUAACGAUAAUCAUUUGUAUUCUGCAAUAUUUUCGACGAUAUUUACUAACCGUGUGUUUUGUAUAAAUUGGUUUCACGCAUUAUAUAGGUUUGUGAACUUUGCGUAAUUUUACGAUAAUUUGACGUUUUGCCAUUAUAUGAUGUUCUAAUUUAAGUGCUUGUAUACCAAAGUACGUUUUUGGUUAAAUAUACAAAAUAACAAAACCAA